UGAUUCAAGAGUCUUUUUCGCUGUACAACUUAACUGGCUUCAAAUCAAGAUUUCAAAGUCAUGCACGAGUCUUUUUCGCUUUACAACUUAACUGAAAUGGUUGGCAGAUUCAUUUCUAUGUUUUUGAAAGACCAGGACUUUGGACACGUCGACCGAGUGUUCAUAAUACGCUGUUGGAAGGACCUUGCUACUAAAUGGAUUGUUGUUGAUUACCAAAGUAAUGUUCACCAUGUUACUUACAACAUGGAUAUUCACACUCCAAUGAUUACCCAAGGCUGGAACCAACUAAGAUCUUUCUAUGGAGAUCAUCAACUCUCUGCAGAGGAUCACCCUGAAUUGUUUUUUGAAAUUGAAAGUGAAAGAACAAGCAGAGAUAUCAAAGUUCUUUAUCCAUUUUUUUGGUAUUAAAGUUGAAAAUUUUGUAUGUAAUUUUGUUUGAACUUCUUAUAUAUAUCAAUA